UUGAAGUUGUACCAUAACAUGAAAUGUACAAGUUUAGGUUGUACCAUAAAGGAAUUUGUAUCAUUAUGUUAUGGUACAACUUUACAACUUGAAGUUGUACCAUCACAUAAGGUACAAGUUUAAGUUGUACCAUAAAAGAAUUUGUACAAAAAGUAUAGGUACAAUCUGAAGUUGUACUAUAACAUUAAAUGUACAAUUUAAAGUUGUACCAUAAAAGUAAAAACCUAUGUAAAAUUUACAAUUCCUCCAAGAAGAGUGGUGGAAUACUGGAAUCUAUUGCCGGCGGUCGUCGCCUGUUCCUGGACUUGAUCGCAUCUUGAUCUUCCCUCAAGUCUCUGCAAAAUCUCUGCAACUGGUACGUAAUGUUACUGUAAUAUUAAACCACUACGGUUGACCUAAGCUCAAUUCUUUCCAAUUAGUCAUCCUUUGCCUAUGGUUUCGCAGCUGUGCAGUUAUAGUCUAUUGGUGCUAGAGAUAACUGACGACCGAAUCUGUUUUUGCAGUAUAAUAAUGGGAAACCAAACUCCUUCUGUCCCCAAAGUCUUCGCGCCUCCCUCACCAACCCCAACUCCUCGUCGUCGGUUUCUACCUCCUCCCUCCAUUUCCAAAAUUCGCAGAAUCAGCCGGUAUACGAAAACGUCUCUUUCUCUCCUCUGAAUUCUCGUCUUGCGCUGUAGCGGUCGCCUUCUGCGAAAACGCCUGUAAGACUCUCUCUCUCGCUAUCUCCUUACUUCUCUCUGCUCUAUGGUGUGUUUGUUAUACUGUAUUCAAUCCUUGUUUUCGCCCUCCGAUCCUUGAACUUAAUCGCUUUCGUGCUUUAACUAUUUCAAAUUCAUAAUUUCAGUUCUCGUUCUUCUUAUUCUACUUGCGACUUGCGAGUCCUUGAUUGUAUCAUGGCUGCCAGUUCGGGUUCGUUUUUUUUUUUUUGGGUAUUAAUCGAAAACCACUAGUUUUAGCUACCCUUAUUGGUUUGGAAUCGGUUUGCACUUAUCGGUUUUGGUUCAGAACGGAACACCUGCAAGACGCACGUACGUACCUGUUCUGUUUUCGAUUCUUUCAGCCGAAACCUAGAAGCCUCUUUAACGGCUCGAUUUUGGUUUUAAGGGCGAAUGUUUGUUUCGAGUUUUCAUAGCGAUUCGGUUAACCUUUUUGACUUUUGAGCUUGAGUCGUCACCAACAUUGUUCUUUCUUCAGCUACAGGUUCUCCUAUACAAAGAUGCGGUCGGCUGAUAGAAACAAUGGCUCCUCAACUAGUAUCGAUAAUGAUUGGUUUGAAAAAAACAAGAGACAAAAAUCAAAUAGUGUUGAUUAUGCCUCUUCACCACACUGGGAUGUUGCUGCUUCUGCUUCUGCUUCCCCCUCCGCAAAUUCUAGUCUCCAGUCCCCGCAAUGGGGAGAGUACGAGGUGUUUUUGAAUUACAGAGGCCAAGACACUCGUUAUCAGAUCACUGAUAUCUUGUAUCGCUUUCUCGUAAACUUGAAAAUUCGCACGUUCAAGGAUGACGAUGAGCUCCGUAACGGGGAAGGGAUAUGGCCCAAUCUUGCAAAGGCUAUCGAGCAAUCCAAGAUAUAUGUUACCAUCUUCUCUGAGAAUUAUGCUUAUAGCAAAUGGUGCCUCAGAGAGCUUGCUGCCAUUGUCAAACGUCUAGAGCAUGACAAGUGUUGCAUCAUUCUUCCCAUUUUUUACAUGGUGGAUCCGAAAGACGUCAGGAAUCAAAGUGGUCCAUAUCAGAAUGCAUUUGAUAAACACGGGAAGAAUUUUGACCAAGAGACAAUAGAGGUUUGGAAAGAUGCUCUGAAUAGGGUUGGAUCUCUGAAGGGAUGGCAUGCCGAAAGCAGUAACGAGCAGGGGGCUAUAGCAGAUCUUGUUACUGGCAUUGUGUUGUCACAUCUAAGUAAGAAAAAUAAUGUGUUAGAGAUUGAUAAGUUGAUUGGAAUUGAUGCCGACAUAAAAGCAGUAAAAGAAAUAAUGACACUAGGCUCCGGAGGUGUGUCAAUUGUCGGAAUUCAUGGUAUUGGUGGUAUUGGUAAGACCACUAUUGCCAAGGCGGUCUUUAACAAAGUAUCUGCUCAAUUUGAUCGUUGUAGCUUUGUGGAAAACGUACGAGAAAUGCUACAUAGUAAAGAUGGUGUUAUUACUUUGCAAAAGCAUUUAGUCUCAGACAUCUUGAGGAGGAAUUUUGUUGAGUCCAUUGCCAAUAUUAGUGAAGGUAUCAGAAUAAUAAGAGAUAGGAUUUCUCGUUUCAAAUGUCUCAUUGUUCUUGAUGAUGUAGACGAGAACUUUGAAUUUGAAGAGGUGUUAGGAAAAAUUGAGAAUUUUGUUUCGGGGAAUAGAUUUAUCAUGACUUCGAGAAACGUAAAAGUAUUAAGAAUAUGGACUGAAGAUUGCAAGUUGUAUAGAGUAGUAGAAAUGAGUCCUCAACACUCACUCCAACUCUUCUGCAAACAUGCUUUCAAAAUGGAUUGUCCUCCAUCAAGUUAUGAGAUUUUGUCAAAGGAUAUUGUCUCUGUUGCAGCAGGACUUCCAUUGACUCUUAAAGUUGUAGGGUCACUUUUAUUUAAAGAGGAGGAAGUGAUUUGGAAAGACAAAUUGAGAAGGCUAAAAGAAAUUCCUGAGGAGAAGGUUGUGGCAAGAUUAAAGAUAAGCUAUGAUGCAUUAAGUGAAGAUGCGAAGCGAAUCUUUUUAGAUAUUGCUUGCUUCUUCAUUGGAGAGGACAAAGAGAUGGCUUCUUAUAUGUGGAGUGAUUGUGGCUUGUUUCCAACGACUAAUAUCAAUAUUCUUAAUCAAAGGUCUAUGAUUGACAUUGUGUUCAAUGAUUAUCACAAUACACAUUCGUUCCGAAUGCAUGAUCAGCUCAGAGAUAUGGGUAGGGAAAUCGUAUGCCGAGAAAACAUAACGCGUCCAUGGAAGAGAAGUAGGAUAUGGUCAAGGGAGAACGCUUUGGAGAUGUUACGUAACGGAAAGGGAACAAAGCAGGUCGAGGGCAUUAGGCUACACUAUGGUUAUGACUUUGAGGGGGAGCUUGGGAGGAAAGAAUGUUUCAUGAAGUUGCCAGAGUUGAGAUACUUGGACAUGCAAGGUGUUAAAAUGCCCAUAGAUGACUUCAGUAAUCACGUUCCAAAUUUAAGAUGGCUUCGGCUGUCAAUUGGAGUUUUGUCUAUACCUAAGUUUAGUAUGGAAAAUUUGGUGAUUCUUGAACUCUUCACCUGGCUGGGAGAUGAGUCUGGAGCUUUGAAGCAUAUCAAGAUGGCGAGCAAGCUCAAAGUUUUUAAACUUUCGUGUGGUUCCUUGGACGAAUUGCCGGAGUUUUCUCGUUCCGGGAGUCUAGAGAUUUUAGAUGUGGAGACUAGCUUCUUCCGUCCACCAUGCUGGGCCCGUACGGACCUGGAUAUUGGGAAUCUGAGGAACCUAAAAGUCCUUCGUCUGAAGAAUUGUUGGGUAAUGAGAAAGAUUAGAGCUGGAGCCAUUGGGAUGAUACCAUUUGAGAACCUAAAAGUGUUGCAUCUGGAGGGUUGUUGGGUAACAGAGAUAACAGGUGGAACCGUUGGAAUGAUGCCAUUUGAGAACAUAAAAGUGCAGCAUCUGCUUCCAUCAUCUCUAACCACCCUCCUCAUUAUAGAUUGUCCAAAACUGGAGUGGCUCCCCAAUCUAGAGAAUCUGGAGAACUUGUCUUACUUAUCCAUCGUUGGCUGUCCCUUGCUCAGAGAGAUCCUAGGGCUUGGAGGGUUGAAAUCCUUGGAAGCUUUUAGUAUAAGUGAUCUGAAAGCUCUGUGCGAUAUGGAAGGUCUUGGCAGUCUCUAUUCUUUGAAAUCCUUGUCACUUAAAAACUGUGAUGCGUUGACAAGACUGCCCAGCAUGGCGUCUUUGAGCAAGUUACUCCAUUUAGACAUCUCUUCCUGCCCUUGUCUCACAAACAUCCAAGGCCUUGGAGGGCUGGAAUUGUUGCAAAUGCUUCACAUUCAUCGGGCAAUUAGUUUAAGCUGUCUUGUCGGAUUUGAAACUCUUCUGUCUCUGAACAAGUUAAAAGUUUUGAAGAUAAGUGACUGCCCUCUUCUCACAUUGCUAAAAUUCUAUGGCGUUGAUGAUGGAUGCCGAUCACAAGCAGCGGUACUCGACACUUUACAGGAGCUAGACAUCCAUGGAACAGCGCUGGUGCUGCAGAUAUUCUGUCGGAUGAUUCAGCUGUUAAUGUUCCCGAGUGUCACCGUGUUGAAACUAAGUGGUGUGAGAAUUGGUAGUGCUGACACGGGAGUAGAGCUGGAUGGGGUGGAGUCUAUGGAAGAGUUGGUUGACUUGCAAUUGUAUGACUUGGCCUCAAUAAGAAGAUUACCUUCCCUGUCAAAGCUGAGAAACUUGAAAAAUUUAAAGGUUGCCAAUGCUCCAAAUCUGCAAGAGAUUGCGGGUCUUGCUGGUUUGAAAUCCUUGGAAAGGCUAGAUCUCACCGGAUGCACAUCUUUGGAAAGAUUUCCGGCUGAUGAGCUAUCCGAUUUGCAGCAAUUGAAGACUGUGAUUGUCAGUGGUUGCACGAACUUAAUUGACCGAUCUGCUCUAAGAGAACUUGAGCCGAGUGUGAAGAUAUGGUGGUAACUGUGCCUCUGCUACUGAGGUAGUGUGAUAACAUCGAGUCUUCAUCCUAUUCCACGUUCUUAGAUACUGACUUUCCUCAUUCCAGGACUCUGGAGAACUUGAGUUUUCCAUGAAGUGAUGCCCUUCCUGACAGUCUGGCUUCUUUGAGCAAGUUACUUGGUUUAUAUAUCUCUCUGCUAUAGUCUUGCAGAAAUCCAAUGUUUUUGAGGGAUGAAAUAGUUGCAAAAACUCAACGUUUUGUGCAGAGUUUAACUUGUCUGCUCAGUUUUGAAAUUCUGUCUUUUAACAAGUUAGAAAUGUUAGGAACAAUAAACUGCCCGCUUCUCACAUCAUUACCAUUCCAUGACCUUGACGAUGAAUGUCGAUGAGAUGCUGCGGUACUCUACUCUCUACGAUAUGAUCUUUGUAUCAAGAAGCGGCGCCUUCUGCAGAUUUACUGUGGUAUGAUUUAGCUGUUAAUGUUCUCCCGUCUCAGUGUAUUUCAUCUUAGUGAUUCGGGGAUUGCUGAGGCCCACAUGACAUGGAACCAAGGCUGGAUUGGCUCGAGUCUAUGGAGGAGUUGGUUCAACUGGCUAUGGAUUGCCUGUGCUCAAUAAAGGAGUCUACCCUCCCUGUCAAAGCUGCAAAACUUGAAAGUGUUAACUGCCACUGGGACUCCAAAUCUGUGGGAAGAUUGAGGGCCUCCUGGUUUCAAAUCCAAGGAAGAGCUAGAUUUCUCUCACUGCACAUCUUCAGAAAGAUUCAUGGCGCAGACGAGCCAUCUGGUUUGAAGAGUUGAGAAGCAUAAACAUUUGUGGUUGCACAAGGUUCAAUAUGUAGAGAUGAUCUGUUAGCUGUGAUGAAGGUGUUAGUACUUAGUAGUGUAGGAGUGGAAUUUGUCAAUCUGUGAUGGUCACAUCUUAAAUCAAGAAUGGGUGGGUCCCAUAACUAGUUCACAGAUCUCAUGCUGUGACUUUUGAGUUUUGAGCAACCAGGAAAGAUUCAAGGCACUGGUGUAUUAAUGAUACAUUGCCUCUUAUUCAAAUCCACGCCUGUCUAAUCAGUUUCUUUCUUUAAACAUGUCUGAGAUUUGCUGCAAUGUUUACAUUUCUGUAGGUACUGAUUGCAUAGGUUCUAUCUACCUAUGAUCCCUCUCUUAGUCGAAACAACGUAUCUUCCAAACAGCCAAAGACAUUCGGCCUGAUCCUUUCACCAGUCUCGACUAUCAAGGCUACCUGAGAUCGGUGAUAAGCUUGUUGCCGUCCUUAGCUGUGCAUUUUAAUGUUGAACUCUUGUGUCAACAGCAGGAUUCUAUCCCUCUUCUGCCUGUGCCCCUAAUUUCUCAGUAUGAGAGUGCCACUGUGACUGUGAGGAAGUAUCUGAGAAGAUGAGGAAAACAGAUGCAUUGACCAACUGUCUAGCUACGUGGGCUAAGCCCAAAAGAAAACAGACAAGCAAUG